AUGAGACGAAGAGUCAACCGUCCAAGAACCGUGAAUGAGGUAUCAACUAGUAGUGAAACCACCGCUCUAACCCAAUCCUUGAGUGAAAUGACAUCCAUCUUGAGGCAACUCCAAUUGAACCAACAACAACCACAACAACCUCAAUCAUACCAACAACAACCCCCACCCCCUCAACAACACAACCAACAAUUGGUCCCUCAAAAAGUGUGUGGCAUUUGUUCUUGCUAUUCUCACUACACGGAUGAGUGCCCAAGCCUUCAAGAAGAUAACACCUUGGCAGCUAUCCAUAAUUUCUAUGACCGCCCAAAUCAAGGAUACUACCAAGGCGGUAAUUCUAACCAAGGGCACCCUUAUCAAGGAGGAAACUACAAUCAAGGGGGAGGGUACCAUAAUCAAAAUUGGAGAGACAAUCACCAACAAGGAAAUAGGUACAACAACAACAACGGAGGAGGUCAAAGAUGGAGUAACAAUUCAGAAAACUUCUCACAAAAUCGACCAUACAACUCACAAAAUCAACCAUACAACCCACAAAACCCACAAAGAAACUACCAAACAUACCAACCACCACAUCAAAGACCACCACCUAACCAAUCACAAGCUCCUCAACUCACAUAUACAACCACCCCCUCCAACCAAGACGAAACACUCCGGACCAUUAUCCAAGGCCAAAAGGAACUACAAAACACACUUGCUUCCGGUCUUACCGGCCUCACCUCUACAUUACAAGCCCUUCUUGCACGAAUGGAUACAUUAUCAAAUUCCACUCCUGAACCCCCAAUCCAAAGCGUCAUUCCCUCUCAACCUCAACCCAAUCCGAAGGGGGGCAUUAAUGCCAUCACCCUUAGAUCCAGAACACAAUUAAAAGAGAAGGAAGCAAAGAACUCAAAUCCUAUCGCAACCACCCAAGAAGAGAGAAUAGAUAUGGAAGAGGUAGAGGAAGAGGAGACACCACAAGUCAUAGUUGAGGACGAAGCCCAACCAACAAGGGAGACAACCAAGGCCAAGAGAACCUUGGAAGAAAAAGAAAUUGCUCAACCGCUUCCAUUUCCAACACUUGCAAAGAAAGCUAGAAAGCGCAUAGAACUCGACCCAAAAAUGGUAGAAAUGUUCAAGAAAGUUGAGGUAACCAUUCCCCUCUUUGAUGCUGUCCAUCAAGUUCCUAGAUAUGCAAAAUUCCUCAAAGACCUAUGCAUCAACAAGGAUAAAAUUCUUGAAUUGGAAACCAUCCCAUUGGGGAGUUCUAUUUCCGCUUUAAUGGGAGCAUUACCCGAGAAGUGUGAUGAUCCGGGCCCUUGUAUGGUCACUUGCACCGUUAAUUGA